AUGGCAGAAGACCCUCUCCCCAAACCCAGGGUAACUCUUAAAGUGGAGAGGACCCCCGUUGACUUCCUUGUCGACAUCGGAGCACAACAUUCGGUCCCCUGCACCCCACAAGGAAAACUAGCCAGCAAGAAGUCCUGGGUACAAGGGGCAACUGGUAUGAGCCAGUAUUCAUGGACUACCCGAAGAAUGGUAGAUUUGGGGUCGGGCCGGGUAUCCCACUCCUUUAUGGUAAUAGCAGAAUGCCCCUACCCACUGUUAGGACGGGACUUCCUGACCAAGAUUGGAGCUCAGAUAACUUUCAGACAAGGGGGGCCUCAGGUCACCGAUGGCAAGGGCCACCCCAUCCAGGUCCUGACCAUGAAACUGGAGGAUGAAUACCGCCUCCACCAGGAGGCGCUCCCAAGAGAGGAUAAUAUAGACAGAUGGCUACAAGAAUUCCCCUUGGUUUGGGCAGAGACAGGGAGGGGGGGAAUAGGACUAGCUGCUCACAGGACCCCGGUCCUGGUAGAGCUCAAGCCAGGAGAGAGUCCGGUAAGGAUCAAACAAUACCCCAUGUCUCAGGAGGCCCGGAAGGGGAUCCAGCCACACAUCCAGAGACUACUAAGCCUAGGGGUACUAGUUCCUUGCCAGUCUGCCUGGAACACCCCCCUACUACCAGUCAAAAAUCCUCAUACAAAUGACUACCGACCGGUACAAGACCUCCGGAAAGUAAAUAAGAGGGUCACGGACAUACAUCCAACUGUUCCCAACCCAUAUACUCUCUUGAGCUCCUUGGCGCCCUCCAGGGUCUGGUAUACUGUACUAGAUUUAAAGGACGCCUUCUUCAGUCUGCCGCUGGCACCCCAGAGCCAACCCUAGUUCGCCUCUGAGUGGCAUGAUCCGGAGGAGGGCUACAGUGGGCAACUCACCUGGACACGGCUGCCUCAGGGAUUCAAAAAUUCGCCCACCAUUAACGAGGCACUACAUGAGGACCUGGGUGAGUACAGAAGGGAGCACCCUGACCUCACCCUCCUACAGUACAUAGAUGACAUCCUGAUUGCUGCCUACAAGGCCAAAGACUGUGAGCAAGGGACCCAGGACCUGCUGGCUACUCUCGGGGCCUUAGGGUACCAGGCAUCCACGAAGAAGGCUCAGAUAUGCAGUGAGAGGGUAAGUUACCUGGGGUAUAUCCUGGAGGGUGGACAGCGGCAGUUAUCAGAUGCCAGAAGAGAAACUGUCCUAAAGAUCCCUACUCCCACCUCCCGAAGAGAAGUAAAGGAAAUCUUAGGAUCAGCAGUCUACUGCUGCCUCUGGGUUCUAGGUUUUGCUGAGAUCGCCAGUGGCUUACCUGUCCAAGAAACUAGACCCAGUGGCUGCCGGCUGGCCACCAUGCCUAAGAAUUAUUGCGGCGACAGCACUCCUAGUCAAGGACGCAAAGAGACCUUAGGACAGAUGAUCUGGAUCACAACCCCACACGCCAUUGAAGGGGUCCUGAAACAGCCUCCUGAUAGAUGGAUGAGCAACACACGUAUGACUCAUUACCAGAGCCUCCUACUCAACCCUCCACAGGUGCGGUUCCACCCCAGUGCAGCCCUCAAUCCUGCAACCCUGCUGCCCGACCCUGACCUAGGUGCUCCACUACAUGACUGUGUGGGGAUCCUGGAGCAAGUACAUGGAUUCUGGACGGACCUGGCCGACCAGCCCCUCCCCGAUGCCAAGGCUACAUGGUUCACUGAUGGCAGCAGCUUUGUGUGGGACGGACACAGGUAUGCGGGUGCAGCGGUGGUCACUGAAACGGACACCGUAUGGGUGGAGGCUCUACCCUCUGGAACGUCAGCCCAGUGA